AAGACCUGGCCUGGCCAUGCUGUGUCUAUGGACAGUUCCACAGUAAUGAAUCAGUGCAUCUUCAGAGGGAUGGAAGAAAACAAAGAAAGGCCUAGGCGGAUUCUGCAAAACAGCUUCCCUAUGUUCCCCUCCCCUAGAGCCUGGAAUUUCAGAGGGCGAAAACGCAAGCAGAGCACCCAAGAUGAGGAUGCCGUUAGCCUUUGCAGUCUCGACAUAAGCGAGCCUAGUAAUAAACGGGUCAAACCCCUUUCCAGAGUCACAUCGCUAGCAAACCUCAUCCCACCCGUGAAGGCCACACCGUUAAAACGCUUCAGCCAAACCCUGCAGCGUUCCAUUAGCUUCCGCAGUGAGAGCCGUCCUGACAUCCUCACCCCCCGACCCUGGUCCAGAAAUGCCGCCCCCUCAAGCACGAAGCGGAGAGAUAGCAAGCUGUGGAGUGAGACCUUCGAUGUGUGCGUCAAUCAGAUGCUUCCGUCCAAGGAAAUCAAACGUCAGGAGGCAAUCUUUGAGCUUUCCCAAGGAGAAGAAGACUUGAUAGAGGACUUGAAAUUGGCAAAAAAGGCCUAUCACGACCCCAUGCUGAAACUCUCCAUAAUGACAGAGCAAGAGUUGAAUCAAAUUUUCGGAACACUGGACUCUCUCAUUCCUCUACAUGAAGAGCUCCUUAGUCAGCUUCGAGACGCUCGGAAGCCUGAUGGCUCCACUGAACAUGUUGGUCCCAUCCUCGUGGGCUGGCUGCCUUGUCUCAGCUCCUACGACAGUUACUGCAGCAAUCAAGUAGCCGCCAAGGCUCUGCUGGACCACAAAAAACAAGAUCACCGAGUCCAGGAUUUCCUGCAACGAUGUUUAGAAUCCCCCUUUAGCCGCAAACUGGAUCUCUGGAAUUUUCUUGAUAUUCCAAGAAGCCGUCUAGUGAAAUACCCUCUGCUUCUUCGAGAAAUCUUGAGACACACACCAAAUGAUAAUCCAGAUCAGCAGCACCUGGAAGAGGCUAUAAACAUCAUUCAGGGAAUCGUAGCAGAAAUCAACACCAAGACCGGGGAAUCUGAGUGCCGCUAUUAUAAAGAGCGGCUUCUUUACUUGGAAGAAUGCCAGAAAGACUCUCUAAUCGACAGCUCGAGAGUGCUGUGUUGUCAUGGAGAACUGAAGAACAACCGAGGCGUGAAACUUCAUGUUUUCCUGUUCCAAGAAGUGCUUGUGAUCACUCGAGCCGUCACCCACAAUGAGCGGCUCUGCUACCAGUUGUACCGGCAGCCGAUCCCUGUAAAGGACCUCCUACUGGAAGACCUGCAGGAUGGAGAAGUGAGGCUGGGUGGCUCCCUGCGUGGCGCAUUUAGCAACAAUGAGAGAAUUAAAAACUUCUUCAGAGUGAGUUUCAAAAACGGAUCCCAAAGUCAGACCCACUCGCUACAAGCCAACGACACCUUCAACAAACAGCAGUGGCUCAACUGUAUUCGUCAAGCCAAAGAAACAGUGCUGUGUGCUGCCGGGCAGGCUGGGGUGCUGGACUCCGAGGGACCGUUCCUCAAUCCCACCACCGGGAGCAGGGAGCCACAGGGAGAAACAAAACUUGAGCAGAUGGACCAAUCAGACAGUGAGUCAGACUGUAGUAUGGACACGAGUGAGGUCAGCCUAGACUGUGAGCGCAUGGAACAGACAGACUCUUCCUGUGGGAACAGCAGGCACAUUGAAAGCAACGUCUGACAGAAGCGUGUGUACUUCCUGGAAGUAGCCCUUUGUCUUACCUGUACAGUAUUUGCAUUCCACACAUGGAACGGUUUGGAGAAGCACUUUUUAAUAUUUUUGUGACCGUGUUGACCCAGUUUCUUGUAUCUGUACCUUUGUCCUUAGUACUGUAACUGCCAAUCUGUCUGUGUAAGCUGGGAUCUGUGGCAACCGUUACCCUGUAUUGUAUUCCACAAGUGUCUGGAUAGAUGGAGGGGUACUUGAACAAGUUACUUUCAAUUGUCCUGCUGGAUUUUAAAACUAGAAAAGAAUCUCUAAACUACUGUUCCAUGUAGAUUGCUUAAAAGAGUCUUUCCAUGUUUCUACAGUGCUUUUCUAGCCCUUUGACAUGGUAGCUGAAGGCAUGGAGUAUACAGGGCCUUGCAAAAAGGGCAUGAGGAAGUCACUUGUGUAUCAUGAUGGUAUUCGAAGGAAAAUGGGAAAAGAUCAAUCCUUACAGUGAACUUGGUUCAAUGUUAUCCAACCAGAAAGCAUGAAAACAUCCCUGGGGAUCCUGGAUCCUUAAUUUUACAAAGCAAGAAGCACUGUGUGGACCUUGCAAUGUCAUCCAGUGCAUAUUUGAUGCAAUAAUCUAUUAGGACGUGGAAUAGUGUCUGACCUUAAAAGGACCAGCACAAAAGCAGCCGUCAGCUCUGAAUCUUGAACUGAAAUGCAGUUGCACCGGGAGGAGGGAGUGUGUCUCUGUCAAAGUUGUUGGCUUGCCGUAGAGAGCCAUUUCUAGCCUAAAACACCAGAAUAGAACUCGAAAGGUUUGGGAAUAUCUGACAGAAUAAUGAGAAGGCCCAUCUUCGUUUUGUUUCAUCUGCCAAGCCCUACUCAUAUUUUGGAGCAUUGAGCAAGAGACUGCAGGAGAGUCCGUGCCUCUGUUCACAGAAACAUAUGAGAAGAAGAAUUUGGAAGAAGUGCUUCAUCAUGACCUCUUACAGGAAACAUUAAGAGAAAAGCCAGGUCUAGUGCCCUUCUGAGAAAGGCCAGAGCCUUGGGUUUUCCUGUUCCGCUUUUGGGUCAUCACUUUGCCACCUUGGCCCUGUGCUGUGAUCAGAGCCAUAAUUACAUUCUCCAAAGGCCAAUUUUAAUUAACUCUGAUUAAUUAGAAUCAAUUAGCGAAAUUAGUAACCUCUUUGUCCAGCUUUGGCUUACAGUGCAGGGUAGAUUGCAGAUCUUAAAAAAAGCUAACUGAAUACACAGAAAAGCUCCCUGUGAGUGUAAAUAUUAAGGAUGACCUGUGCAAAAUUAUUCCCACACCAGCACUAGUAGUAAUGAUUCUAAAUUAUUGCCAAAAAGUUUUUUUUAAUCUUCUGUGUCUUUCGAGUUUACAGAAAGCAGUAAACGCUGUGUUGUCAUUUUAUGAUGUACAUCUAAUAUGUGCAUUCAAAGAAGCUGUGUGACAAGAUGUAUCAUUAUAAAAACAAGGUAAUAUUACUUAUUUUUCAAAAAUGAAAAAAAAUAUUGUGGUCAAUUAUACCCUGUAAAACAGAUUUCUGUAUUUAUAGAUUUUAAACAUGGUGAAUUUUUUUUUCUAUUACAAGUUUAUUUAAAAUUGCUUUUGUUCUCAAAUUGUUAUUGAUUUAGCAAGUGAAUGAACUGCUGCAGAUAGAAGCAGACAGAAGCUGAGAACCUGUUGCUUGAUGAUGGGAGAAAGAGUGAAUCAUUCUCUGCAGGAGCCCUCGGCCACUUUGGCCAGUGGGUUGAGGCAAGAGGUCUGUUAAGUGCUGGCCUAUGGGAAGAAAGUGAAUGUUUUGAUGAAAUGAAUGUUUUUGUAUAAAGGCCUUAAACUUUUCUGGAAGCAUUUCAAAUAAAUUACAUUAAAAUGUCAUUCUCUCUGUGUAUAGUGUGUGUCCUACAAAUGUCAAAUUUCAGCUAUCUUCCUGGGAGGUUCUCUCUGAAAUGUUUGCUUGUUCUGCCCAAAUACUAACUUUAAAAUAGGGUGCAGGAUAAAAUAAAUGCUCUGAUUUGAUCUAUCAAAA